CUAACUUCGAUUAUCAUCUCUUUGCUCAACAUGGGACCUGCAGGAGUGGGCUUGUGCCCAGCCCACCCUUGCAACUUAAAAUAAACCCGGACCAGACUGAUGAUAGGCCCCAGCUGCGAGCGGGCCAAGUGGCGACUUCGCGAAUCAGGCGCCGAGCUGCUCUUCCCCGCCAAUACUACAGGGAACCAAUUUAGCGCACUUACAGGGGGAAUGGUUCAGGAAGAUUGCCGGGCGGAGAGGAGAGGGAAAAGGGACGAAAGCAACAAGAAACCGCAUUCGUAUUGCGGCCUGGGCUGCUCGUCUCAAUUAUCAUCCAUCUGUUCUUUGCCCUGCCCCCGGCAUUCAGAUCGCUCACAUCAAUCGGAUUGUCUCGACGUCCGUCCAACCACAGACGCAGACUUCCUCCAGCCAUUCUCUUGCGACCGUGGUCUAUUCCCUCCUCGCGUCGGCCUGUCCCGUCAACGAAUCGUGGCCCAUUUGCCCCUGUCGAUUUGCCUUCGUUGUGCUGCCCCGAAGCUCAACGAGUCUGACGAGAGACAGAACAAACACGAACCAGAAGCGCCCAGUCCACCACGGAUACCGUACGACCGGACACGAGUUGUGGGAAUACGCACGCACUGCGUACCCAAUUGAGUUUAUCGCGACUUUGUCUGGCAAACUCAUGACAUAGGGCUCGGCAGCAACGGGGUCGCAUUGACUCUCGACGCCAAUUGCGUAGAGUG